AUGGGUGUGGUCUACUCAAGUGGCGGAGGUGGUGCUGGGGGCGGCGGUGGCGGUGGCUUCUUCUUCAACAUGUUCUACGAGCGCUACGCUGACGGCCACCAAGAAGGCAUCCAAUACGUCGGCGCAGGAAGGGGCGAAAUGGAGACGAAACUCGUCGAAGUUGGCGCAGGCCAAGGCAGCUACACGAAGCAAAAGGAUGCCACCUACGGAUACAGGUGCCGGCCCGCGGCAGUUUGCUGCUGUGUGUUCUUCUGCUUGUUGGUGCUGCUUUUCCCGUUGUACUGGGUCUGCGGUGUCCGCUCCCUCUUCACCGGGGAAAUCUGCGAGGCCGGCCGUGAUGACCUUGGUUGCGAUGCUUGUCUGGCGGCACCGCACAGCCCGAUGCUCAUGCACACCGUCCGGGGGGUGCCGGCCGUGAGGGGGCAGGCGGCAGACUUCUGCUGCUCCCAGUGCGGAGUCAACUGCUACGACCCCAUCACGGUCACGACCACCGAGGCGCCUCGUGUGGUGGUCCGGCGCCACUACAACACGGUGGUCAGGAGGGUUCCGGUGAACCACUAUGUGAAGGUGCAGAUGCCGCGGCCUGCGCCCAUCAUCCACACCGUGCACGUGGUUAAGCCCAACGCCCAUUACGAGUGCUUCGACGGCGGCGACUACGACCACGAAAUGUGGUCCGGCGCACACAAAAGGUGGUGCUGCUACAAGUACAAGGAGGGCUGCCCACAGCAAGUGGUGGACCGCAACAUCUACCACCACGUGACCAAGAUUCAGAAGUUGCAUGUGCCGGUGCCGGUGCAGGAGCCGCGGGGUCCUCCAAUCAUCCACAACAUCCCGCAAGUCUACCACGUGCCGAGCCCGCCGAAGUAUGUGCACGUGCCGGUGCCAGGGCCCAAAAUCCACAAGGUCGUCACUAUCAACAAGGACGUGCCUUAUCCCGUAAAGGAGCCCCCCCAGGUCAUCACCGUCAAGAAGCCCUACACCGUGAAAGUUCCGGGCCACCGCCACUACGUGGACGUGCCGGUGCCGUCGCCUCCCCACAUCGUCAACAAGUACAAGUACCACUACGUCACUGUGCACGACUACAACUGCGACUCCCAUUUCGACAAGUGGUACUACGCCUGGUCGGGUGCGAAGAAGCAAUGGUGCUGCGCACACCAGCACCUGGGCUGCCCAGGAUCUUGGCACCAUCACCACGUGGUGACCAUUACUGGUGUUCAGCACCUCAAGCACUAUGACUGCCACGCCGGCUUGUCCAACUGGUAUCACGGCUGGUCCCACGUCAAGAAGUCCUGGUGCUGCGACCAUCAUCAGCUGGGCUGCCCUGGCAUGGCGCAUGGCCAGUGGCACGCUCACACUGUGGUGCACACCAUCAUGGGCCACCAUGCCGGCCAUGGCGGAUAUGACUGCGAUGCGGGCUACUCCAAUUGGGAGCACGGCUGGUCGUACCAUAAGAAGACGUACUGCUGCGAGCACGAGCACAGGGGCUGCCAGCCAUACCACUGCCACCACCACGAGGAGGAACACGACACGUGGUCGGACGAGAAGCGCGACUAUUGCUGCGGCCACUUCCAAAUCGCCUGCGCCGCCACCACGCUGUCGCCUCUCGGGUGUGACGCCCCGUGCACGCUUCACGGCGACACCAGCACCUGCAAGCAGCGCAUCGACUGGACGAUGGAGCACACCUUCGACAGCAAGGAGAACGCCUGCAAUCUGGCCUACAGCGCCGUGCAGGUGGAGUGCGACGUCUGCCGCGCCUGCACCAUUCAGGAAGCGGGCUGUGGCGACCAGGGCCCGGGCUCCGAUCCCUACGACUGCAAUGCCGCUCUGGGCAACUGGUGCCGUGCAUGGUCGCCUGAGAAGAAGGUCUGGUGCUGCCAGAACGAGCAAAAGGGCUGCCAGAACCCGGACACGCCUCCGGACUGCGAUGCUGGAGCCGGCAUGGUUUGGAAGAAGGUCUUCAUCUCGAACCACUGGACGUGGCAGGCCGUAUCUGCUGUCGGCGGUUCGGUCGUGAGCAAGCCCUAUGACUGCCACGCCGGCUUGCGCAAUUGGGGCACAGGAUGGUCGGCGCCGAAGAAGACGUGGUGCUGUUCCCACGAGCAGGUGGGCUGCCCUGGCUACCACUACGCCGGCGCCGGGGGCGGUGGAAAAACCGUGGUCACGACGCACACCGUGGUUUCAGGCGGCGGCGGGGGCAGCUUCGGCGGUGCAUACUCAUUCCACGGCCAUCCUCCCUCCGCAGCUGGCUCCGGCAUGAUGUGGCACUGGUCCUCGUCUGGCGGCUCGGGCCACUGGGUCCAGGUCCACACGCACGGCAACCUGCCAUUCGACUGUUUCGCCGGCAUCACGGCCGGUUGGUCUGGAGGGAAGAAGCACUACUGCUGUCUGCACUUUGACAAGGGCUGCUGA